UGAUGAUAACUAACGAUCAUUAGUUUUGCCGUAAAAAGCGGCAGAAUACGCCGCAAUGUUAUCCUAUAUCAUCGGAACCAUGAUCGCCAUGGCGGCGCUGUGGAGUUCAAUGAAACUGUUCUUUCCUUGGCUCGCAUAUGACAUGGCCUUCUUUUUCGGUUUUGGAUCAAGAGCAAUAUCAACUCUUAAAGCUUAUGCAAAGAUGGAUCCAGUGUUUACAUUGACCAGCAGGCUAAUAGAGCGUGCAAUUGAACAGGAAGAAAAGCCAUUUAUAAUGUAUGAAGACAAAAAUUACUCGCACAAAGAUAUUGAUGAUAGAUCAAAUCAAAUUGCCAGAGCUCUGCGUUCAGCCGGCGUUAAAGCUAACGAAACGAUCGGUAUAAUGAUGACCAACAGCCCUACUCUGGUAUCUGUCUGGUUUGGAAUCAACAAAGCAGGUGCAGUACCUGCAUUCAUCAAUUAUAAUCUACGUUCCUCUACAUUACUCCACUGUCUAAAAGCUGGCGAAUGCAGCAGACUUAUUAUAUCAGAUGAAGACUUUAUUCUGAAGGCGAUAAGAGACGAAGAAGAAAAUCUGCUUAAUAUGCAAAUGAAAAUAUAUGUUGCUGGCAAGGCGCCGAAUUCAAACGUCAUGCAGUAUUUGUCUUUGGAAGAAAUGUCGGACAACGAAACAACAGCUGUUACUCCAGUAGAAUGGGUUCGACAUAUCACAAUGGGAUCACACUUUUGCUACAUGUUUACCUCCGGUACAACAGGUCCUCCAAAAGCCGCUAUUAUUUCACACUAUAGAGCAUGGAUGGGUGCUAAAGUAUUCGGUUUUGCACGAGUCACAUUUGAAGAUGUAGUGUAUACAACGCUACCACUGUAUCACGGUUCCGCUGCCAUUUUUGGUCUACUGGGAAGUCUUGAAAUCGGCUGUACUCUGGUGCUACGAAAGAAGUUUUCAGCCAGUGCUUUCUGGGAUGAUUGUAGGAAAUACAAUGUAACGGUUAUCCAAUACAUCGGAGAAAUGCUCAGAUAUGUCUGCAACCAACCAGAGAAAUUAAAUGACAAACACCACAAUGUCCGUAUGGGUUUUGGAAACGGUCUCGCUCCAGGAGUUUGGGAUAAAUUUCUGCAAAGAUUUGGUAAAAAUAUCACAUUAGCAGAAUUUUAUGCUGCAACAGAGGGAAAUAUAGGAUAUUAUAAUGUUACAGGAGCAAGACACCGAGUUGGCUUAUCAAGUCCAUUAUAUCACUUCAUAUGCGGUGUUGCUUUCGUGAAAUAUGACUACGUCAACGAUGUUCCGAUUCGAGACAGCAACGGAAGGUGUAUCAAAACUGCACUCGGAGAACCAGGCCUUCUCAUAGGAAAAAUAACCAAACGUACUCCAUUCUUGGGAUACAGAGGCAAUAGGUCACUUACAGACAAAAAAAUUCUACGUGACGUUUUCAAGCCUGGUGACGAAUAUUUCAAUACCGGUGAUAUGAUGCUCCGGCAUCCGGACUAUACUGUAUCAUUUGUAGACAGAGUUGGCGAUACAUUCCGAUGGAAAGGUGAAAAUGUAUCGACAGUCGAAGUCGCUGAUAUUAUGUCUAAAGCGCCUGGUUUAUCACAAGUAAAUGUAUACGGAGUUAAGAUUCCAGGUUCGGAAGGUAGAGCAGGGAUGAUGGUUGCGGUGCUAAAACCUUCAUGCGAAAAAUUGGAUUGCGCGGGAGUUUAUGAUCAUGCCUUUGUUUCAUUGCCGGCGUAUGCAAGACCACUUUUCAUAAGAAUACAAUCCAGUCUGCAGUUAACUGGAACUUGCAAACUGAUAAAGAGUCAUCUCGUACGAGAAGGUUUCGAUUUAAGCAAAACAGGACACGACCCAAUAUAUUAUAUGGACUCACAAACAGAAAGUUACGUUCCAUUAACCCAAGACAUUUUCAAUUCAAUCAAAGACGGAUCGCUUUCAUUGUAAUUCUCAUCAUCAAAUAUCCACUAAAAAGUAUGGGGAAUAUUUAAAUAUAAUCCUAUGUGUGUUUUAUUUUUAUAAAAUAUCGCUUUUUCGUCUCAGAAUUGUUCCUAUUUGUCAAUGCAAAUUCUACAUAGAUCAUACGCGACUUCAUUCCAACACCAUAAUUAUGCCUGACCUGUGAGAGAAAUUUAAUCUUACUUAUUUCUGCAAAAGGUGUCUUUGAUAUAUAUAUGUUAUAUUAUUACUAAUCCAAAAACUAAUUUUGGAAAUUCGCUUUCAGAAUUUCCACGGAAAACUCAAAAUCAUGGUUUCAAGCUAGGAUGGGCUUUCUGAGUUGUUGAAAUCAGGAAACAAAACAUUUGUUUAAAUUUUUUCUCAAGUCCUCUAUUUUUAAAACAUCUCAUAUAUGCAGUUCCAGUAAUUAAUGUUGGGUCAACUGCAGGGCUUUGAUAUAUAAUUUUUGAGGAGUCUCCCUUGUGGUUUUGAGUUUAAUGUGAUUUACCACCCCUAAGUCUCGUGUUUUAGAAAGCUUCAUGUUCCGUGGUUUCAACUGUAAAAGCGGUCGGCAUUUGCUUUCUCUGACUCACUGACGUCCGCUUCCAUUAGCGAAUGUAUCGAAACUAAAUAUUUCAGACGUACGUGAAACGAAAGAAUAAUAUUUCUCACUUUUAAUCAGCAUCCAUUAAGAUUAAUAUGUUAAAUUUUACAUCGUUUUUAUAGUUCUGGCUAUUCUGAUUUCGCAUAGUUUCUUAUAAUGAUUCUAAAAAGAUGAUUUUAAAAAUUUACUAUUUUUAAUUUUGUUUUAUCAUUUUAGAUUUUCAAGUUAUAUUGCACUCAAGUUGUUUCGAUAUAUUUUUAAUUACAUCUUUUAAUUGAAAA